UGUAAUGUCAACUUCCCUAAAAUGGAUGAUGAUGAUGACAUUCCCCAGCUUUCAUCCCAUACGCUGGCUGCCCUCCAAGAGUUCUAUUUGGAACAGCAGCAGAGAGAGGGCAUGAAGACCUCCCAAGGAUUUAAUCAAUAUUCCAUUGGCUCAAUAGAAGAAGACUGGCAACUGAGCCAGUUUUGGUACAGUGAUGAAACUGCAUUGUGCCUGGCUAAGGAAGCAGUCCUGGCAGCUGGAAAAGGUGGCAGGAUAGCAUGCAUUAGUGCACCGAGCGUGUACCAGAAAUUGAAAGAACAGGAUGGUGAAGAUUUUUCCUUGUGUAUACUGGAGUAUGACAGAAGGUUUUCUGUGUAUGGAGAAGAAUUUAUUUUCUAUGAUUACAACCACCCUCUGGACUUACCUGAAAAUCUCCUGCCACACAGUUUUGACAUUGUAAUAGCAGAUCCACCCUAUCUGUCUGAGGAAUGUCUUCAAAAGACUGCAGAGACCAUCAAAUAUCUAACUAAAGGAAAGGUUCUGCUUUGCACAGGUGCAGUCAUGGAGGAGCAGGCAGCAAAGCAUCUUGGUGUGAAGAUGUGCAAGUUUAUUCCAAAACACUCACGAAAUUUAGCCAAUGAAUUUCGAUGUUAUGUGAACUAUGCUUCUGGGCUGGACUGAUUCUCCUAAGAUCAUCUACAGGUCUACAACUUUUUCAGUCAAGCUUCUUUCUUUUUUUUUUUUUUCUUUAUCAGUUGCACUACGUUUUUUAGGGCUGAAAUAUUCUAAGUACUGUUUUCUGGGGUAGCUGGAAUCAACAUGGUGUGAUAGCCUCUCUCUUUUGAACAAGUAAGCCUUUGCAGUUACUGUGUUUUGUAUUAGGUAAAUGCAGACCAAGCAAUGCAGGCGCUGGAUAAUGGGAACUUCUCUGUUAGAGUUUCAUUUCAACUGGUAGCUUUUACCAUUUGAGGACACAUCAGUGACUUCUUUGAAGUGAUUUUAGCUUAUAACAGCAGAUGGGUGUUUGCCUUGCAGGUAUCAGAAUCAUCGUAGCCAAAGAACUUGAUACUUCUGUAGUAAUGUGACCCAUACGUGUCCCUUAAAUCUUGUAUCUUAAUGGCUCUGAUUAAAUAUAGUGCCUGCUUUUUAAUAAUUUCAAUGUCAAGGUAAAGAGGAACUAGGGGUAUGUCAAGUUUAUAGUUCAAGAAUGUUGUUUUUUUUUUUUCCAAUUGCCUGGUUUUAUCUUUUUCUCCUGUUCCACAGACAGCAGCAGAGCAGUAGAAUAGAAGCAUCUUAAAAAUCAUUGAAUCUUAAAAGGCCACUGAGGAAUAACAUAUUGAUAAACUCCCACUGUUUCAAAUAGAAUGAAGUUAGAUUUUAUAUUCAGGGUUUGGAUCAUAUUUCAGUCAAAAUAGAUGAUACAGUUGAAAAACUUUGCUUUGCAUAAGUAGAUUUUUGAUAACUGGGAAUUUUAAGGCCAGUUUUGACUAAACUUUUUACUACACUAUUGAAAUAUUUUUGGGUGGAAGUUAGUUCAUAAAUUUCAAGGCACUCAAUGCUUUUAUAGUUUCUGAAAACACUCUACAAAACACAAGCACUUGUCUUUGUAUGCCAUACUGUG